AUGGCGAAUCGUGGUGGAGCAGCUCGACGCGUUCCUGAAAAUGAGGCUGCUAUUACUUAUGUUCAAUGCGAUGGCUUGGCAGUUAUGAAAAUAGUGAAGCAUUGCCAUGAAGAGUCCUGUAGCAACAUGGAGGUGGCCCAAGGGGCCUUAUUGGGCUUGGUUGUUGAGAAUAGACUAGAGAUCACAAAUUGCUUCCCAUUUCCAAAACAUGAUGAUACAAUGGAUGAAGAGGAGUAUCAGCUAGAUAUGAUGCGCAGACUUCGCAGAGUCAAUGUUGAUCAUUUUCAUGUUGGGUGGUACCAGAGUGCAGAUGUUGGAAACUUUUUGAGCCAGUCUCUGUUAGAGUCUCAAUACCAUUAUCAGACCUCAAUUGAAGAGAGUGUUGUAGUCAUUUAUGACACCAAGAAAUCCGCUAGGGGUUUCUUAACAUUGAAGGCCUACAGAUUGACUCCUCAGGCUAUAGCCAUGUACAAAGAUGGUGACUACACUCCAGAUGCAUUGCGUAACCUUAAGAUAGGUUAUGAGAACCUUUUUAUUGAAGUACCAAUUGUCAUCCGUAACUCACCAUUGACCAAUAUAAUGAUGUCAGAGCUCACGGAGAUGAUUCCAGAGGAAGAGGGCUCAAAGUUUCUGGAUUUAGGAACUGCGUCAGUGCUUGAAGGUCAACUCCGCAGCUUAAUGGAACGCGUCGAUGAACUUAAUCAAGAGGCGAUUAAGUUCAACCGAUACCAGCAGUUGGUGGUGCGUCAACAGCAAGACAAGCACAGAUGGCUGCUGAAGCGGGCACAAGAGAAUUCGGCCCGAGCAGCUAAAGAUGAACCACCACUACCGGAAGAGGAUGUAAACAAACUCUUCAAACCCCACCCGGUCCCGCCAAGGCUGAACCCGAUGAUUGUAGCCGGUCAGAUAAAUACCUACAGCCAGCAUAUAAGCCAGUUCUGCUCCCAAAGUCUGGCUAAGUUGUACUUGACGCAAGCACUGCAAAACGCAAAGGAGGCAAAGCAGAAUAACUAG